AUGGUCUCAUUCAAGGAUAUCCAAGCUUCCAACGCCCUCAUCAACGAUGCUACCACCCCGCGCGUCGCCGUCUUUGUCGGCGGAACAGCAGGCAUCGGAAAGUUCACCCUCCAAGCCAUGAUUGCUAAAGGCACCAAUAUCAGAGUCUAUCUCGUCGGCAGAGAGAGCGCUCAGCAACACUCAGAGACAUUUAUCCAGGAGAUGCACGCUAUAAAUCCCAACGCUGAAAUCAUCUGGGUCCAGGGCGAAGUCUCACUUCUUACUGACACAAAGAAAGCGUGCGACGUCAUCAAAAGCAGAGAAAGGAGUGUUGAUCUCGUCUUUCUCUCGACAGGCUAUGCACCUUUCACUGACCGGAAAGACACGACCGAAGGUUUUGACAUCUCUCAGACUCUGAGAUACUACUCGCGCAUUUUGUUUGUUCUCCAUCUACUUCCUCUUCUUAAUGCAGCUGAAAAGCCCAGAGUCGUCAGCGUCGGCGGUGGUGGUAUGGAACUCUCAGCUAUCCAACUCGAAGAUAUCGAUCUCAAAAGACCAGGAAAUUUCAACUUCGUCAAGGCUCAUACACAAGCCGUUGACAUGAACACUUUGUUUCUGGAACAUCUAGCCAACGAAAACUCCAACGUGACGUUUAUCCAUUCUUGUCCUGGUUGGGUCAACACUGGCAACGUCAGAAGGGGUUUAGACCCCAAUACGAUUCUUGCUUGGGCCAUCUGGCUUCUCCUUGAGCCACUGAUUGGUGUUUUCUCAUUUAGUGAUGAAGAAUCUGGUCAGAGACACUUGUUUCAAAGCACGAGUGCUGCAUUUGGAGGGAGAGACGGUAGGGUACUUACGAGAAACGGCACAGAGGAGAAUCGUUGA